UGGCUCAGUCAUCCAUUCUCCCUCGAGCCCAUUCCUCAGACUCUCUCCUCUCUCAACUCUACCCUACGUUACAAUCUCGCCCACCGCUGCAAGGAGAACCUCAGCGCCGCCGUCCGUUGCGCUCAGGGGCCACCGUUUCCUCCUCUGCUGUGCCUUGUUCCCCCAGCCCCUUCGCCAGUCUCCUUCCUUCAGAAAGCAGAACUGCCCUCGACCACCGCCGCAAGGAGUGGGCCACAGCCGCUGCCCGUCGCACUCAGGGGCUUCUCUCUUCGUCCUUUCGGCGUUCUCCAAGUUCCAAACUCUGCGUUUGUCUGGAAGCCACGUUGUUCUACUUCAAACUCUGCGACCAACCCGCGCCCUCCGCCUAGCCGUCGAACUGCUCUCUUUUGUCGCCGCCUUUUUCCGGUUGAACCACGGUUAGACCGGUUAGACCAGUAAACCAGUGACUAGAGCGGUUUGAUAACCGGUCUGAUUUUCAGAACCUUGGUAAAAACAUAUCAACCUGCCUGAUCGACCGAACCCAUUCCCCCAAAACCACUCUGCACAUCCACCAUCCACGGCGCCACUGUCGCUGCCACAUGCCUGGCCGUCGACGCUGUUGUUAGUCACCGGCAGCGAGUAUCUUCUGUUUCUCCCCUUAAAGAAUAGGAUCAUUAAUCAUGGAUGCACAAGCUAAGAAAAAGGCAGAUUUUCGUGCUAAAUUGGCCCAGAAGAAAGAAAAGCGUAUAGAUUCUCCCCUUGUAAGGUAUAAUGAAUUCAAUCAACCUGUUUGUCGGGUUUGUGAUGUUGUUCUGAAGUCUGAAUCUAUAUGGGAUGCACACCAAAUCUCCCGUAAGCAUCGCGAGGCGAUUGAUAAUCUUAAAGCUAAUGCAGUUGGGUUAACUCAGCAAAACAAUGCAAAGUCUGCUGCUGGUAACAGAUUUCCCAAAGCCAAACCUGAACAACCUUCCGAACCACUAUCCAAAAAGCCUGAACCUUCACAAGAAGUAUCUAAAGCCCAGUCAUCGUCUGUGCUUCCACCAAAUUUUUUUGAUGACAGUGCAAGGAAAACCAGAAGAAAUGUGGGAGUUUCUGCUCAAAGUCAGGUGUCAAAGUUGGAGGAAAGAGAUCAUUUUCGUGGUCAUGAUGCUGCGCCGUCAAAGUUUAGUCAAGCAACAACAGAGACUAGGCAGACCUCAGCCAAAACUUCUGAUCCAGAGGACAACCAAACAAAAGGAUCUCUGCCUGAAGGCUUUUUUGACAAUAAGGAAGCGGAUUUGCGGGCACGUGGCAUUAAGCCUGUGAAGCCAGAUGUCAAGGAUGAGUACAAGGAGUUUGAGAAGCUGAUUCAAGAGGACUUGAAGGAGGUGGAUGACCGAUUGGAAGAAGAAGAGAUUGAUGCUGCUGAAAUGAUAGAAGAAGCUGAAUCCGUUGAACAAAAGAUCUUCAGGGAGAGAGUGGAAAUGUUGAAGAAAAAGAGACUGGAGCUGAAAGCAGCAAAGUCGGCAAAGCGAGGUAAAACUUGUGAGGGUGAAACCAAGGAGGAGUCAAGGCAUGAAGAAGAGUCAUCCAGUGAUGAUGAAAGUGGUGAGAAUUUUGCUGUGGACUGGAGAGCACAACACUUGUGAAUGCUAAUUGAUAACUAACACUUGAUAUUUGUUUAAUUCUAUAUACUAUGUAGUAUGUACAUUAACACCACAGUUUGUAUGUAGAACAAUUUACUCAACAGUCAACAUCCACUUGUUUUAAGAUGAGCCAUUUCGGUUUCCUUAAAUUUGUUUACUCA